AUACAAUCAAAAAAUUAUUACGAAAACAUUACUCAUCAAUCAUACAAUUUAUUUAGUUCAAAACAAAGAAAAUCAUGUACAUAUAUAGUGCACGAGAAUAAAGUGUGAUAUACAAUAAUUCUGCGUAAUAGGCUGUACAGAUGAAAAACAACGAAACAAAUAUCUGCCAGUGAGUGUAGUGCUAAUUACCGUGUAAAUGACGAUGGCCUCGGCCUUAGCAAAUGAUUCUCCCAAAUAUCGAAGCAGCUUAAUAUGCUGCAGCCCACUAAGUGCUGAUGUGACGUCACGGUCGUCUUCCUCAACAUCGGGGUGUGUAUCGGCAGACGAAAGCUGCGACUCGAACUAUAUACCAAAGUCGAUCGCCAAUAAGAAACUAAAAAUUCACAGCUCAGCCACCAGAGAAGAAAUUGAAAGAGCCAUAAACCAAUGUAAAGAUAUCGUUUUAAGUUCCCCGCAGUGUUCAGAUGAGAGAAAAUGGUUGGUACGCUAUUUAGUAGAAUUGAGACUGCGCUUAGAAGAUAUCAAGGAUGAAGAUGGAGGAAUUAGGGAACGGGUGGCGAUCAAAGGUCAUCAUUUCGAGCAGCAGACUAGUGUCGCUAAUAGAAAACAGUAUUGCGAUCAUUGUAGUGGAGUUAUCUGGAGCAUCGUUCAAAACUCAUACAUCUGCACUGACUGUGGAUAUGUAUGUCAUUAUAAAUGUAUAGAUGAUGUGUGUAGAGUGUGCGCUCAUGUGGUUAUGACAGAAAAGGGACACUUUGAAAUGGGUAUAUGCCCAGAAAAAGGUUUGGCUGCUCAAGAUUAUAAGUGUGCCGAAUGCAGCACAGCUCUGACAUUUAAGGAUACCUGGAAUGAGCCAAGGCUGUGUGAUUAUACUGGAUUAUACUUCUGCACAACCUGUCACUGGAAUGAUCUGUCUGCCAUCCCAGCCAGGGUUGUUCACAACUGGGACUGGGAAAAGAGAUACAUAUCUCGUAUAGCAUACCAGAUGUUGACAUUGUCCUGGUCUCGACCGUAUAUUGAUGUAGAAAACACUAACAAUAGACUGUUUAAGUUCAUAGCCGAGUUGGAGUGGGUUCAUAAAAUGAGAAAAGAUUUGGAAUGGAUGCGAAGAUACCUCUGCGCUUGUGCUGAAGGAUCUUCCCUGUUGUCCCCUUUAUUUGUUCAACUCGGUGAUGUUAAUAAAAAAUACAGUAUGGCACAUUUACAAGCCAUCAAUGAUGGUAGCUUAGAAUCUGAAUUAACUGAACUGACUGAAUCUUGCAGGAGUCAUAUCACUGGAUGUGCUCGGUGCUCCGGAAAAGGCUAUCUGUGUGAAAUUUGUGGUAACAAUGAGGUGCUGUACCCAUUUGACAGUGGUGCCAUAAUGUGUGACAAAUGCAAUAAUAUGUAUCAUAGAAGCUGCUGGUUGAGGAAGGGGCAGAAUUGUUUGAAGUGUUGGAGGCUGAAUGAGAGGAAGAAAAACACUCCAACCACUUCAGAUGUUGUGGACACAAAUUCUGUAUAUGAUAUUGACAAAUUUGUUGACUAAUUUUUUGAUUAUUGUUAUUAUUUUGUACAAUUUUGAUAUGCUUUCAAAUAUAGUUGUUUGUGUAUUUACUAUUUAGUAUGAUGUGGCUUGAUAAAAUAGAACAAAACUUCUAACAAUAUUUAAUAGACAUAAUUAAAAAUGUAUUGUAAAUUCAUUGUAUAUAAGCACUUAUUUAAAAAUUGCGAGAUUUAUAGCUUUAAAGCUAACUUGGGUAUUUUUACUGUGAUUUUGAAUGAUAAUAAGAUUACAUAAAUUAAUGUUCUAAAAGAUGGUAACCCAGUUUAUUCCUUUAGUAUGACAAACAUAAUAUUAUGAUGUAGACUUUACCUUAACAUAAAAAUUUGAGAGGACAAAAUAUGGAUUGAACUAAGAAUACUUAUUGACUCAAAGCAAUAAUGUUAUAUUUAAUCUGUUUCACUUAUUUAUGAAAAUUUCACUUGCUAAGUGUUGGUGCUUAAUGUGAGAGGCCUCAAUAAGUGUAAAAGCUGGGCAUAAAAUAUGUAAAACAGUCUUUAUCAAUUCAUUACUUUUGGUUGUAAUAAAAUAUACUGUUUUAAACAUG